CAAAAACGAGACAGAACGAGGAGCGGAGUCGAGCCGGCCAAGCCUCGAGCGGAGCGGCGGGGAGGGCUCCGCCCGGCCGCUGAGAGGCGAUGGCGGAUAUCGACAAGCUCAACAUCGACAGCAUCAUCCAACGGCUGCUGGAGGUGCGAGGAUCAAAACCAGGCAAAAACGUCCAACUUCAAGAGAAUGAAAUUAGAGGACUGUGCUUGAAAUCCAGAGAAAUCUUCCUGAGUCAGCCUAUUCUACUAGAACUUGAAGCUCCACUGAAAAUCUGUGGUGACAUCCAUGGACAAUACUAUGACUUGCUCCGACUCUUUGAAUAUGGGGGUUUUCCACCAGAGAGCAACUACCUGUUCCUUGGUGAUUAUGUUGACAGAGGAAAACAAUCUUUAGAAACAAUUUGUCUUCUACUGGCCUACAAAAUUAAAUACCCAGAGAAUUUUUUCCUCCUCCGAGGGAACCACGAAUGUGCCAGCAUCAAUAGAAUUUAUGGGUUUUAUGAUGAAUGUAAGCGAAGAUACAAUAUUAAGCUGUGGAAAACCUUCACAGACUGUUUUAACUGUUUACCAAUUGCAGCUAUUGUGGAUGAGAAAAUAUUCUGCUGUCACGGGGGUUUGUCACCAGACCUGCAGUCAAUGGAGCAGAUCAGACGAAUCAUGCGCCCCACGGAUGUACCGGAUCAAGGUCUCCUGUGUGAUCUCCUGUGGUCUGACCCUGACAAGGAUGUCUUGGGCUGGGGUGAAAAUGACAGAGGAGUGUCCUUCACUUUUGGUGCUGAAGUGGUUGCUAAGUUUCUCCAUAAACAUGAUUUGGAUCUCAUAUGUCGAGCUCAUCAGGUGGUUGAAGACGGAUAUGAAUUUUUUGCAAAAAGACAGUUGGUAACUCUCUUUUCUGCCCCAAAUUACUGUGGAGAAUUUGAUAACGCGGGUGCCAUGAUGAGCGUGGAUGAAACACUAAUGUGCUCUUUCCAGAUCUUGAAACCUGCAGAGAAGAAGAAGCCCAAUUCCAGCAGACCUGUAACACCUCCCAGGGGCAUGAUCACAAAACAAGCCAAGAAAUAGUCACUUUGGCACUGCCUUGUUGGGACUUGUAUCAUAGUCUAUAUCCUCCAUUUUUAAACCUAUCAUGUGUGCUGUUCAGCUUGCUCAAAAUAGAUAAUGUGUUUGUGGUUUUCCUUUCCA